ACUUGAUUGAAAAUUCAACUAAUAUUCAAAAUUGUGCACUUUCACUUCGAGACUCGGGUUCAGGCACCAUCUAGAGCUGUAAAGAAAAGGAUCUUUGUUGUAAUGGAGGACGAAGACUGUGAGACAGAAUACCCAAAGGAUUUCACCACUAGCCAGAAACUUCAUCGGGCAGCCAGAAAAGGAAACGUUCGAAAGUUGAGAAAACUCUGCAAGUCAGGUGUAAACCCAGAUGCUGUCAAUGAACAAUGCCAGAGUCCCUUGUUUGUAGCUGCCUUACACAACAGAGAAAAGGCUGUUCAAUUCCUGAUUUCCACUGGUGCUGAUCCUAAUCAUGCUUGCUAUGAUGGUAGUACCCCAAUGCAUGCGGCCUGUCUCUCCUGCUCUCCGAGUAUUCUCUGCAUCUUGGCCGAUGCCGGUGGAAACAUCAAUCACCAUGACAACCGAGGUCUCCACCCUCGAGAUUGGAUAUCCUAUCAAGAAGAGAUUGACAAAAGAUUCAAGAUGAGGAAGUUCCUUGAGGCAAUGAAGCUGUAUGCUGUUGGUACCGCCGGGGAUGAAAAACUGAGGAGAACGGCUCGUUCCAGGUGGGAUGCUCUUACGAACAAUAUUCGACAGUUUCCAGAGCGCAGAGGAAGGCAGUGGAGAAGGAGAAGAUGGUUCACCGACUCUCCUCAGCAUCGCUUCCGACCAAGGGUUCCUGAAAGCGUAACAACCUUCUUCCAAAGGCUGCGGAAUAUUGACUGGACCGUGGUAGCUACGUGCUUCCGAUUUGUUCAGAAUGAGGAGGUGGACAUCACACAGAGGGAUACAUUGAGAAGCAAAGAUGUCAUGAAAGUUCAGAUGGAACAAGCGAAAAAGGCUGAAGCCGAAGGCUGCAAGGUCCAACUUUCCGACUCCACCUACCCCGUCUUGACACUCUACGUGGACGAGAAACAUGGGAAGCUAACGUCUACCAAGAAGAAGGAAGAACAACGACACCACGACCUGAUGGAGAUCACUGAGGAGUUUAGUUCACCAGGACAGGGCAAUGAUCACCUGAAGGACGACAAGAGUGAUGGCAAUCUUGCAGAGAAGGGCAAGAUGUCAUCUGGAAUUGAUUUUGAGGAUAGUCUCCAAGGUCUCGAGAAUGACUAUGGUGGGAGAGGGGUGAUUGACGAUCCACGACGUUUUGAUAUAAAGAAGUCUCCCGCCAUUUCUGCGUGUAAGGAGCUGUCUGCGGAAAAGCAUGAUCCUUGCCAUGAGAGUGAAGGGGAUACAAUAGAUGACGACAAGGUUGAUAGGUCUUCGACAUCCUCAGAUGACAGUUGCAAGAACAGGAUGAUGGAGAUCUUAGAGGAUGCAUUCAAGCUAGAGCUAGCACCCAAGGUCUCAGCUCUCAUGGCGGACUACUGUGACAGCACCCAAGGAAGCACCGCCGCUCAGGAGUCUUUUGACAUCGACUUCCAGUCCUACCAGGAUGACGACCCAGAUGAGGUGGACGUCGAUGCCGUCAAGUGGGUUGGCAAUGGCGAGGUAGGUGGAAACUUAAAUCAGCAGGAUGGCCCUUGCCCUGCAGAUCCGCAGGAGGGCAGCAACUAUCGGGAUGACUUCGAAGCAAGUGAAAUCAAAAUCGAUGGUCUCAUGCUCAAGGAUGGGAUCAGCAGUUCAUCUGACGACGACGAGGACGAUCGCAAUUUCAUCAAGGAAGGAAGGUAUGUGGAUGUCCAGAAGAUGCUUACGGCCAAUCUUGAGAUGGUGUUCCCAGAGACAGUGGGCCAUUCCCCAACCCCUCCUUGUGACCUGAACAACAACACGGAGGCAAGGAAACACCGAGAAGACGGGAAAGAAGGUGACGUCACUGCAGGAAGCUCGCUCUAUCAAGUUUCAGCCCUCAACGACGCUGCAUUCAUCAGUGAUCUCUCCCUAGAGGUCAACGUCAACGAAAGCGUCAAGUCGUCCCUAGAAAGCGUUCCCCAGCCGCAACAGGGAAACGAGGGCAGGACCGAAGAAGGGGAUUUAGAGGAGGAAGAGGAUGAUCCGUUGGGAGAUAAGUCACUUCAUUCAGCACUAGCCAAGCUCGAUCUAACAGAGGCAGAAAAAGAAGAGGUCCAAGAGUGGUUUGGAGGUCACGGCAGCGUGCGCAACCUCAUACACAACUAUGAAUCCAAGAUACAGGAGAUACAGUGCGAGACACUCCGAUCGAACGUGACUAACCUUGGCGCCCUCUUGAGGCGAGAGUAUGGCAUGUUGGAUCAAGGAAAUGCCCACGAUGCAAGGCGGUGUGUGAGCGAUACAGCAGCACUGCAUCGGCAUCAGCAGACCGAGCCACAUGCUACAACUUCAGAAUGCCCAAGAGUGAUACCAUCCCAGGACACCAGGAAAGCCCCACCCUUCAGUGUUAGCAUGGAGAUGGACGCGGAUGACUCCUGGCUCUGGCCUGCCAGCGGGGAGGAGGAGGCAACAUUUGAGGAGCAGCUACGUUGGAGCAUGGAGGUCAUCGGCCUCGAAGACGAUGAGGGAGAGACGGGUGCAGAGAGUGGCAGAGGGGAUGCAGAUGAGCAACUUGCAGUAGAUCAGAAGAGGCUUGUAUCCCCGCCCCCUCCUACCUGCACCCCAGAGGAGCACUCGCCACGCCCCAUCCCAGACAUCCAAACAGAUAACAGUGCCGCAAGUCAUGUCAACAACUCAGGUGACUGUGAAAUAACAGAAGAAGCAACGGGGGUAGAGCUCCGCAAAGCCCUGACGCCACCCUUUCCAUCCCCGGCCACUUCCCCUAGAGCGGAGGCAGAGCUCACACCCAAAUUCAGUCCCCCAAGCAUGGUUGGUAAGAAACUGAUAAAGAUCGACGUGAUGAGAUCGCCCACUGUAGAAGCAAUUCAGAACACUUCUGACUAG